AUGAAUUACCAUCGCUUACCAGGAGACACCCCUGUAGAAGGGCCAGAAGACGCUCCAGAAGAUACUCCAGGAGAUGGACCAGAGGAUGGCCCAGGGGAUGGCCCAGGGGAUGGACCAGAAGAUACUCCAGGAGAUGGACCAGAGGAUGGCCCAGAGGAUGGCCCAGGGGAUGGCCCAGAGGAUGGACCAGAGGAUGGCCCAGAGGAUGGCCCAGGGGAUGGCCCAGAGGAUGGACCAGAGGAUGGCCCAGGGGAUGGUCCAGGGGUUGGACCAGAGGAUGGCCCAGGGGAUGGUCCAGAGGAUGGCCCAGGGGAUGGUCCAGAGGAUGGUCCUGAGGAUGGCCCAGGGGAUGGCCCAGGGGAUGGCCCAGAGGAUGGCCCAGGGGAUGGUCCAGAGGAUGGCCCAGGGGAUGGACCAGAGGAUGGCCCAGGGGAUGGCCCAGGGGACGGUCCAGAGGAUGGCCCAGGGGAUGGCCCAGGGGACGGUCCAGAGGAUGGCCCAGGGGAUGGCCCAGGGGAUGGCCCAGAGGACGGACCAGAGGAUGGACCAGAGGAUGGACCAGAGGAUGGCCCAGAGGAUGGUCCAGAGGAUGGACCAGGGGAUGGCCCAGGGGAUGGUCCAGAGGAUGGCCCAGAGGAUGGUCCAGAGGAUGGCCCAGAGGAUGGCCCAGGGGAUGGCCCAGGGGAUGGACCAGAGGAUGGCCCAGAGGAUGGCCCAGGGGAUGGUCCAGAGGAUGGCCCAGGGGAUGGUCCUGAGGAUGGCCCAGGGGAUGGUCCUGAGGAUGGCCCAGAGGAUGGCCCAGGGGAUGGUCCUGAGGAUGGCCCAGAGGAUGGUCCUGAGGAUGGCCCAGGGGAUGGCCCAGGGGAUGGACCAGAGGAUGGCCCAGGGGAUGGCCCAGAGGAUGGUCCUGAGGAUGGCCCAGGGGAUGGCCCAGAGGAUGGCCCAGGGGAUGGUCCUGAGGAUGGCCCAGAGGAUGGUCCUGAGGAUGGCCCAGGGGAUGGCCCAGGGGAUGGACCAGAGGAUGGCCCAGGGGAUGGCCCAGGGGAUGGUCCAGAGGAUGGCCCAGGGGAUGGCCCAGAGGAUGGUCCUGAGGAUGGCCCAGGGGACGGUCCAGAGGAUGGACCAGAGGAUGGACCAGAGGAUGGCCCAGGGGACGGUCCAGAGGAUGGUCCAGAGGAUGGCCCUGAGGAUGGCCCAGGGGACGGUCCAGAGGAUGGACCAGAGGAUGGACCAGAGGAUGGCCCAGAGGAUGGUCCUGAGGAUGGCCCAGGGGAUGGACCAGAGGAUGGCCCAGAGGAUGGCCCAGAGGAUGGCCCAGAGGAUGGUCCUGAGGAUGGCCCAGAGGAUGGCCCAGAGGAUGGCCCAGAGGAUGGCCCAGAGGAUGGUCCUGAGGAUGGCCCAGGGGAUGGUCCAGAAGACCCCCCCCCUGAAGAGGAAGGUGGAGACGGAUCUACUCCCCCCAUUGGGGAUACCACUCCUACAGGUGGAAGUGGUACUACUCCUCCAGUUGGAAGUGGCACUACUCCAGUUGGAAGUGGCACUACUCCUCCAGUUGGAAGUGGCACUACUCCUCCAGUUGGAAGUGGUACUACUCCUCCAGUUGGAAGUGGCACUACUCCUGCAGAUGGAAGUGGCACUACUCCUCCAGUUGGAAGUGGCACUACUCCUGCAGAUGGAAGUGGCACUACUCCUGCAGAUGGAAGUGGCACUACUCCUCCAGUUGGAAGUGGCACUACUUCUCCAGUUGGAAGUGGCACUACUCCUCCAGUUGGAAGUGGCACUACUCCUGCAGAUGGAAGUGGCACUACUCCUGCAGAUGGAAGUGGCACUACUCCUGCAGAUGGAAGUGGCACUACUCCUCCAGUUGGAAGUGGCACUACUCCUCCAGUUGGAAGUGGCACUACUCCUCCAGUUGGAAGUGGUACUACUCCUCCAGUUGGAAGUGGCACUACUCCUCCAGUUGGAAGUGGCACUACUCCUCCAGUUGGAAGUGGCACCACACCCUCCGGUGCAGGUGGCACCCCUCCCGGUAAUACGCCUCCCGGAUCAGCACAAGAUUCAGUGAUUGUUAAGUUUGGAUUGUGCAUUGGUCCCAAUAGCUAUAGGACAAGAGCACUAUUAAUAAAGAUUCCAAUCUAUUGA